GGAGGAGUUCCUUAUUCAUUCGUUGUAAGUUCCUUAAAGGUACAUCUUCACCCAGAGGCUGUUUGACGUUUGGUACAUUUCGAGUGUCAUCAGCUGAUACCCUUCAGUUGACGUUUAACCCCCGAACUGAUCCAGUGAUUGAGUGCUCCUUUGGAUUAUUCGACCUAGACAGUGAGAGUGGAUAUCGGUAAAUUGUGCGAUCGACUGAUUUUUGGAUUUCCCCUCGUCUUUUUUACGCAAUGUGUGAUUUUGUGUUUACUUGAUUGUGCUAAGACACCGAAGGACUUUCCGAUUUGUAGCAGCGAACUGAAUAGUUUUAAGAUGAAUCAAACAUGCAAGGUUUGUGGCGAGCCAGCAGCUGGAUUUCACUUUGGAGCUUUUACAUGUGAAGGAUGCAAGUCCUUCUUCGGACGUUCCUACAACAACCUGGGAUCCAUAUCAGAAUGCAAAAACAACGGAGAAUGCGUCAUAAACAAGAAAAACAGAACGGCCUGCAAAGCCUGUCGGCUCAGGAAGUGCAUCCUCGUGGGCAUGUCGAAAAGUGGAUCUAGAUACGGCAGAAGAUCGAACUGGUUCAAAAUUCACUGUCUCCUCCAGGAGCAGCAGCAGCAACAGCAACAACAACAAAACCAGCACUUACCACCAGGUCUUCGGGCGCCUGAGAAAACUCCGCCACCUCCCCAUCCACAUUUCGGCUUAGGCUUUCUCAGUUCGCAGCAUUUCCCCCCUCCGUUGCUCCACAUACCCAAGACGAAAGAAGAACUGAUGCUGUUAGGCUUGGACGAAUAUAAGAACUCGGCAUCUCCGUCGGUCAGUUCUCCGGAAUCGCAUAAUUCUGACUCUUCGUUGGAGAACAGCGAUGCACGAAGGUUACCACUCUUCCAUGGGUUGUUACCACCUCCCUUCCUGCCACCUCCAAGCUUGCUAAUGCACUCGCCCUACUCGCAGUUGUACAAUGGUCUUCUACAACCUGCCAACAACAACAGGCUCAUGCACAACCUCAAUCCGGGAGUCGAGACGUUCAAUAAACGAGUAUUUCUGGAUGCAGUCCUGCAGUCGCAAAGAACGCCAACACCUGAGGAAAUCGACAACACUCCCAUACCCAGGAUUUCCCCUAUACAAGACGACCCCAUUGAUUUGAGUAUGAAAUCGAAUAGUGAAGGUGGAUCAUCCCCAGCCAGAAGCGAAAAUUCAAGAUCCGCAACGGUAGAAGGCAACGGGGGUAGUGAGGGUGACGGAGAAAGCGACUGUGAUUCGGAAGAAGAACAGAAAAAGCGAAUAAAACCCUCGCCUUUAGACUUGAGUACGAAAUUUUAACGUUUACCUACACGUGCUCACCAACCAAAAGUCUGUAAAAUAGUCAUACAUAAACAAAUUUCAAGUUCCUCUGUAACGAACAGUAUCAUCGGCAUCUCUUGUUCGAAAUUUGAAAACGCCAGUGGACACUAUGAAAUUGCAGUGUUAAUAAUGAUCAGAAACUUUAGUACCAUGUUGGUAUUAGCUUGUAAAUAGUUAAAUUAUCAGAAAAAAUUAAAAUUUAUCUGUGAAUAUAAAUGUUCUUCUUUAUUUAAGAAGAUGUAUAUAUUAUUUAAAAAGGAAGAAUCUUAUGAGAAAGGACUGCUCGGAAAUAAUAUAUUCAUCGGUAAUUUAGUUGGCCAGUAAACAUAGAAAUAGUGAUAUGGUUUUAAACCCACACUUCUCUCUAGACGUGAAUAUUAAGAAUGAGCAGUGCAAUAUAAUUUAUGUUGAGAUCUAUGUACUGAUCUGUUUUAUUUAUUUUCGGGUUAACCAGCUUCUGCCUGGUUGCUUUGUUUUGUUAUAUUUUAUUUCUUCUCAUUUAGAUACCUUUCAAUAUCCUACUAGUAAAUGGGCAUUUUAUAUACAACCUGUAAAAUAAUUUAAUUUUAUAUCAUUUGUUGGUAGUGAUUGUCACUGCGCAAAUCCCAUUUGUUAUACAGGGACUUGGGCCAGUCAGAUAUAAAAUGAUUCGAAUGAAAUGUUUGAAUAAAACACUAGAAUAAAAA